UUGGCAACAUUGAAAUUGCUAUAUGUCUCAAAUAGUAAGUGUAUGGUGGUACAAAAUUUUCUUCAAAGUUUUGGAUUACCUCUGAGAGCGUUUUAUAAAAACACAAUUGUAACUCGAGUCGUUAAAGGAAUAGCGACCAAAAGCUUGCCAACGUUUUAUCGAAUUCCUAACCUAAAAGUAUCCGUCUCAUGGGAUUUAUUGAAGAUGAACUCAAUGAGGUCAAGAGAUUGUGUGAAAAUGUUGUGCCUGGAACAAAACUGGUGUCUUGUGUUAGGUCAAUGGUCCGGGCCGAAAUAAAACGGACAGAUUUUAAAAAAAUUGUUAUAUGCAUGCAAUUCACUGAAAAUUAUCCCCAUAGUCCAUUAUUGCUUGAAUUAAAAAGUAAAACACUUUCAGAGAAGCUUUUACAGGGUCUAUCCAAUGUUUGUGAGGCUGAGGCCAAAAAAUAUUUAGGUAAAGCUCAAAUUUUAAAUGUAAUUAAGUUUUUAAGAAAUUUUAUUGACGAGAAUCCACUGUCAUGUUGUUAUGAUGAAAUAAACGUUUUGAAGAAAAGUCUGAAUGAAAAGGAUGAAUUCAAACUAAAACAAAAAUCUUCCAGUAUUAUUUUAAAAGUUAACAAUAAUCAAUAUUAUUUGAAUUGUAAAAUUGGAAUCCCUGACAAUUAUCCUCUUACUAGUGUAGAUAUUCAAGAUGUCCAAACAAACUUCUCACCAAUCUUCAAUACACACAUGGUGUGCCAAGCAAAAGAACUGGCAAGAAGAUGUGUUGAGCCACCAUUAAAGAAAAAGCCAAAUGAACCACCCUUUGCUCCAAAACCCUCCUUAAAAGUCUCUGUUGAAUUCCUAAUAGACUGUGUGAAGAGACUGCCUAAUGAGAAUUGUCAGUUUUGUAACAAAAUAUGUUUUCCCAAAAAUCCAGAGGAAUUGGAAUUGGACGAGAAUUCACCAAGGCACAUUGAAAGGGUGUACUGUGGCCAUUUAUUUCACCAGGAAUGCUUUUUCAAAUUCAUGAAGACACCACCAUUUGGCAAUAAGAAAUGUUCGACGUGUGGGAACCGAAUCCAUCAUUUCAAGUGGACAUUGACAGAUAAAUUGGCGGAAGAUCGAUGGGCCCAUGAACAGGCAAGAGAGCGAGAACUGCAAGAAGUCACUGAUUUUUUCAAAUGACUUCUAAUAGAACAAUUUUUGUAUGUUUUCAUGUAAUCAAAUGAAUUUUUGAUAUUUAAUCAAUCAUGUUUAUGGAAAUAAUCAUCUUAUUUUGUGAUAAAAUUAACAAUAUAAGUAUACCAUUUUGAAUAA